GCGUACGAAUGGCGUCGGCAAGACAGUGAAAGGGGUGGGGACUAGGAAGUGGAGAGCUGCGUGCGAGCGAGCGUGCGUGCGUCCUUCCUACCGACUGCCGCCUGACGCCUAAUGCCUAAGUUCCUAACGCACGGUGGGUUUGGAAUAUGAAGGCUUUAGAAGUGUGAAAAGUGAGAAAAAACACUGUGAAACGGCCCAUUCCGGGUUUCCCCCCACCCCCCACGAUUUCCACCCCUUUCCUUGCUGGCUUCCUUCCUUCUUUCCUUUCCUUUUUAUGUGUACAGUAUUUUCUUUUUGAGUAUAAUUUGAAGAUUCUAUACCGAAGAUACUUUGAAAUCAUUAUUAUCAGUAUUUCGUUUUUUUUUUUUUUGUUUUGAAAUUUCAAUCGGAAGAGACAGAGGGAGGGAGAACAAGGAAGAGGGAGAAGCAAAUUUGCGGAUCUUCGUUCGCUUCCUUCUCUCCCCGUACGUACAGCUUUUUGUGAUUGGUUUGAGAGAAGGAAAGAAAAAAGACAGAAUGAUGGACAACGAGAAGAAGGUGUCGCCAGUUUCCGAUGUCGGAGCUUGGGCCAUGAACGUAGUCAGUUCCGUCGGUAUUAUUAUGGCCAACAAGCAGCUCAUGUCCUCCCACGGCUAUGCUUUUAGCUUCGCGACGACUUUAACUGGGUUCCACUUCGCCGUCACCGCACUGGUUGGUCUGGUCUCAAAUGCCACUGGUUUUUCUGCAUCAAAGCAUGUUCCUAUGUGGGAGCUUCUCUGGUUCUCAAUUGUUGCCAAUAUGUCUAUCACAGGGAUGAACUUGAGCCUCAUGCUCAACUCAGUGGGAUUCUACCAGAUUUCAAAACUUAGCAUGAUUCCAGUGGUAUGCGUGAUGGAGUGGAUACUUCACAGCAAGCGGUACUCAAGGGAGGUCAAGAUGUCUGUUGUUGUUGUAGUCAUUGGUGUGGGUGUUUGCACUGUCACUGAUGUGAAAGUUAAUGCCAAGGGCUUUAUAUGUGCCUGUGUUGCAGUUUUGUCAACAUCUUUGCAGCAAAUUACAAUAGGUUCCCUGCAGAAGAAGUACUCGAUUGGGUCUUUUGAAUUGCUGAGUAAGACGGCCCCGAUUCAAGCUGUCUCUCUCCUUCUAUUUGGCCCAUUUAUUGACUACUACCUUAGUGGCAAAUUUAUAAUAUACUAUCAGAUGUCUUCCGGUGCCAUCUUAUUCAUACUUCUUUCAUGCUCCCUAGCAGUGUUCUGUAAUGUGAGCCAGUACCUCUGUAUUGGGCGCUUUUCAGCUGUUUCGUUCCAGGUUUUAGGUCACAUGAAAACAGUUUGCGUCCUCACACUGGGAUGGCUACUCUUUGAUUCCGCGAUGACUAUGAAGAACAUAAUGGGGAUGUUCAUUGCUGUCCUUGGCAUGAUAAUUUAUAGUUGGGCCGUGGAGCUUGAAAAGCAGUCAAAUAUAAAGGCACAUUCCCAUUCGAAAAACAGCCUGACGGAAGAGGAAAUCAGACUUUUGAAGGACGGAUUACAAAAUAUUCCUGUGAAGGAUGUUGAACUUGGCGAGUCUAAAGAAUAGCUUGGCCAGUAAAGAGAAAGGGGGAGAGGAUAUUUCAUUGGGGGAGGAGGAUAAGAGUUUAUUUAUGGGUAGGGAAUACAGGUAUUCUUAUGCGUUUCAAUUCAUUUUAGUUUGUAUUUUUUUACUUUUUCUGGCAGCAAAGACAUGAGAGUUCAUCAGCUGACCAUCACACACAUCCAUCUUUUAAAUUGGGUUAUGUUCCUCUAUUUAUUUCUUCGGGUCUUCUAAAUUAUUUCUUUGUGCACCUCUAUCUGGAGAUAAAUUCUUCACGAGACAAUUGGAAGUGUACAAUCCAUAUCUUAAUUGAAUGCGCAUAAUCUAUCUAUCUAUC